AUGGAAGAAGAAGUCCAAGUUGUGACUCAACUUUCACUGUUCUGGAGAUGGUACAUCUAUGCCCUACAUGGUUAUGCCACUGAGAUCAUGUUCACAGCAGGAUGGGAGUUUGUAUUCAACCUGAACUGGAAACUGAUGGGCAACACCAGCAUUUGGAUCAUGCCAAUUUACGGAGUCUCUGGACUAGUCUGUGAACAGAUUUAUGUCCAUUGUAGGAAGCGGGGAAUGCCACUAAUAUUACGGGGAUUUGUGUAUCUCAUAUGGACAUACUUUUGGGAAUUUAGCUCAGGGUUUUUUCUGCAACAGUUUGACCUAUGCCCAUGGGAUUACACCCAUUAUGAUGCGGACUUCAUGGGCUUGGUAACUCUAGAAUAUGCACCAUUGUGGUACAUGUGUGGCUUGAUGUUGGACCAGUUCGUUCUGCCAUUCACCAGGAAAUUAUACUGGGGACCAACUCAUGAUGAAUUUGAUGUGAACAAGAAAGAUAAAUGA